UGUCGUUAUUGUCAGUAGCUCAAAAUGGAGGAGUGGUAAACAUUGAGAAAUAUUUAGGAAUUUAUUUGUUUAAUUUCAUUAACAUAAACAAGACCGUUCAAAAUGGACAUUCUCCCAGGUAUUUUCUAAGCGAACCCGGAAGAACCUGCACGUUUUGACAGUGCUCUUUUAAGUGUUGAAUGUUAUUGUACUUAUCUGUAGACUAGGAAAUGGAGGGGGUUAAUGCAUCUUUUAAAAAGGGACCUGGACUUUAUGAAUUUCUCAUAGAAGCUGAGUUACAGCAAUAUUUCAACAGUUUCAAAAAUAAUUUGAAGAUUACCCACCCUUCCCAACUCAAAUUCACCACAGAAGGAGAUUUAAUCGAAAUAGGCAUGUCCAAACCAGAAAUGCGACGCCUUAGGAAAUACUACGAGAAGCACUUUCCACAUAACUAUCUUUCAAAAUUUAAAAAGCUACUCACUCAUCGUAAACAUGAGAGUGCUGUCAAUGAUGCCUGUCUUUUAGGCAGCACUGAUUCUUUAACCUUAUCUAAAGCACCAAGGGUUUCAAGCAAACAUAUUAUUCCUGCUGUGAGCAUAACGAUAAAUAAGGAACUGGGAAUGGGGGAGUUUGGUGUUGUCCAGCAGGGGGUAUGGUGUAAUGAAGGGGAGAGAAUCCAGGUAGCAAUCAAAUGUCUUUCCAGAGAUAGGAUGCAAAGUAACAUGGUGGAAUUUUUGAAAGAGGCUUCUAUCAUGCAUAACAUUGACCAUCCCAAUAUUGUUCGUUUUUUUGGAGUAGUGCUCCCUAAUAUUGAGGGAAGUCUCAUGCUUGUGACUGAAUUAGCUCCUCUAAGGUCGUUGUUAGAAUGCCUCAAAGAACCUUCUCUAAGAUCCAGCUUCCCUGUGUUGACUCUCUGUGAUUUUGCAUAUCAAAUCUGUGAUGGGAUGCAGUAUUUGGAGGCCAAUAGGUUGAUUCACAGAGACCUAGCCGCCCGCAACAUACUCGUUUUCUCCAAAAAUAAAGUGAAAAUUUCAGACUUUGGCUUGAGCCGGGCACUCGGUCAAGGAAAGGAUUACUACCAGACCAACUUCAAUGUUAACCUCAAACUUCCGAUAGCAUGGUGUGCUCCGGAAUGUAUAAGUUACCUUCGUUUCACCACUGCCAGUGACGUUUGGGCUUUUGGCGUCACUCUGUGGGAAAUGUUUUCUUACGGAUUUCAGCCAUGGGCAGCUUUGACUGGGCAACAGAUCUUGGAGGCGAUAGACGAACCAAACUUUCAAAGAUUGGAGCAACCCGACUGCUGCCCUUUGGAUCACUAUAAUCUGAUGAUGGAUUGUUGGAGACACGAGGCUGCAACAAGACCUAGGUUUGCAGAUAUUGGGCCAGUAUUAGCCGAAUCGAGGCCAGAACAAGUCCAAGCGAAGUUGUCGUCCAAUGAGGGGCCCCAUAUGUUAAGUUACAGGGUAGGAGAUGUGAUAACCGUACUAGAUAAGAAAACUCAUCAGCCUCUUUGGAAAGGAGCGACAGCAAGUGGUAAAACAGGCUUGUUCGACCCAGGCAAUGUAGUUGCCUACCUGGGUAGCGAUUUACCGAGUUCCUCAUUUUUACGUACUGAUAGCACUAGGUCGUCUGCCCGUAGAAAACUACGCAGUGAGAUGAUCAGUGCUCCACAGGGUGAUUUCAAACAUACAGGGCAUGUUGGUCUCGACGGAGCCUACUUUGGAGAUUUGAGCUUCUUGGACGGAUCAAAAGGCAAUUAUGCUAGUGUUCCUACACAGGUGGUGGCACCGUAUCGCCCCCACAAGGAUCUGGAAGCAGCUCCUCUUCUCGAGGGGGAUCUCAUUCCUGCUCCAGUAUCUCUACAGGAUCAUGAAUACCAUGAAAUUAGCGAUGAGGAGAAUACACACAGUCCAGGCUUAGAUUUGGGACCGUCUCUGAUGGCUGAAAUGGAAAGAAUGUUUAGCAAUUUGGGGCAGCAGAAUCAUUCAGUGGAUCACGAGGGGUCUAAUAGGAGUAAUGAACUGAAAGAAAAAAUGAACACCAAAUCAAGGAAGCAGGCUACAGUCAAGCCGAUUUCGGCUCACGACCAAAAGACUUUGGAUACUGCAAUAGCAAUGGCAAAUGAGAUCACGACAAGAUCGAUGUCAGCUCCAACUCCAACAACUCCUGCCUCUCCCAAUAAGAAGAAAUUCAGUUUCAAGUUUCCUUCAGUGCAUGAACAUGAUAAGCAUGCAGAAAGGAGGAACUUUUCAGAAGAAGCACUAUCUACAUCUGAUUUACAGUCUAAAGUUACGCAAGAGGCUCACGCUGCUUACCAGGGGUUGGUGGAGAGUCCCACGAAUGACGUCUCGCAGUUAAUGGUUACGAACCCACUAAGAAUAUUGAGGUCUGGACAACCAGUUAUCAAUACAAGAACAAGGUCGUCAAGCAUGGCUAGUACAUUACCUCCGAAAAUGGGGAGUUUGGUCAGAAGCUCCGUACCCGAAAAUUUACAUAAUAGGCCAGAAUUUUCCCAUGCAACUCUACCACGCCAAACGACACCAUUUCGUACCUCCACUUCAACUGCAGGAAUCAAUAAUCAUAAGGAUGAAAACCCUAUUCCGUUACCGCCACGGGAUCGAAAUAAAAUCCUGCUAACAGCAAAACCUCGACACACGCGGAAGCAUCCUUUAAUUAUACCCCCUACGAGCUUACAAAGAACUUUGGAUAAGGUGAACACUGUAUCACCUCCUCCAACGUCUAAUAGGGACCCAUUCGUAAGACCAGAACCGGUGUACACUAACAAUGCUGCCGAGAAGAAUCCAGAGUCUCAACACUUUGAAGAGCAGAUAGAAUCAAACUUGAACGCUCUAGAUGAAAUUCCAGGGGAACAAGAUAUCGUAGACGGGGUCGAAGGUUUUGUUGAUCUGAAGGCUGAUGAAGAGAAGAUUCACAGUCAUCAUGUAAGCUGUGAGGAUCUCUUGAAGUUCGCAAACUCUAAACCGCCUUCGAGAACUAGAGGAAAUGAUUCGGAUGAAGUCAGGAUUAUGUCGAAAGUGUUGGGGAAAGAUGUCACAACAGAAAAGUGUCUUCAGGCAUUAGAUCAAUCUGAUUGGGAUGUGAUGAAGGCCAUAAAAAUCCUUAAACUUCAGAACGUCGUUAGCACUGAUCUCUCUGCUUGUUUUAAUGCAUUAGAAAACUCCAUGUGGGACAUUACCAAAGCAGCCCAAUGGAUUCUUCAACAAGAUGGAGAAGUAACCCAAGUUUAAUUUUGAAAGGUUGACAUAUUGAAAAAAUGAAGCCAGGCUGAUAUAUUUACAUUUGAGUGGUUUUGAGAGUCUUGUUACCUACAGAGCAAGGACAACUCUGGGUUUUAUUCUGAUGGGGAGUUAGUGAUAGUAGAAAAAGUUCCAUUUUACUCAACAUUAAUUUGAAAAAAAAAUUGAAUUGUGGAUUUU